AUAGAAGAAGCAGCCAUCUUGCUUGUAAACGGAAAAACUGACAUGGCAUCUUCCUUACAUUGCUCGAGCGAAUUGUGUUAAGGAUUUACUAGUUGUAAAAGACGAAAAAUCGUAAUAAAACGAAAACUAAUCAGAAGUUCCAAAGUUGUACGCUUAAAUCAAUAAAAUGCCGGCCGUACCAGGCAUGUAUCAACAAGCUCCUUCAUGCUGGGAUAGGAUAAAGCUUGGUUUUAUGAUCGGAUUUUGUGUCGGUAUGGCAUCUGGUGUUCUGUUUGGCGGGUAUUCUGUUGUUAGAUAUGGACUAAGAGGAAGGGAAUUGAUAAACAACGUUGGAAAAGCGAUGAUUCAAGGUGGUGGAACAUUCGGAACAUUCAUGGCCAUAGGAAGCGGAAUAAGAUGCUAGUAUUUGACGACUGAUAUGUUGGAGAUUUACGAUACAAAAAAGUGUAGUAUCAAGAUAUUCUGUUAAUUUCUUAAUAAAAAGUUUCUAUGGA